AUGGGGCUGCUUGGUGUCUCGACUCUCUUGGCGGCACUGGCCGCAGGCGUCAACGGCCGUGCUGCUGGUCCGCCAGCCGCCAGAGAUACGGACUCUCUGAUCGAUUGCCUCCAUUCUUCUCUUUCUCCAGAGGGCUCCGUGUAUCUGCGUGGCGAUGACAGAUUUGCCAACGCUACGGUUCGAUGGAACCGUAACCACCAGCCUACCUUUGCCGUUGUGGCCGCCGUUGCAAACGAACAAGAUGUCAAAGCUUCGGUUUCCUGUGCCACGUCGACCGGAACUCCUUUCCUGUUCACCGGUCCUCGCCACGGCUUCUCUACCGGCUGGGAAACACUGACCGACGGGCUGGCAAUUUACACGGAAGCGUUCUCUCAUGUGGAUGUCGAUGUGGAGUCUAGCACAAUGAUUAUCGGAGGGGCUGCUGUCAUGAAAGACGUCUCUGAUGCUUUGCAAGCAGUGGGGAAAAACUUCCCGGUCGCAGGCGGAUCCUGUGUCGGCAUAGUUGGCGCCAGCCUCGGGGCCGGUAUUGGGCGACUGCAAGGGCUUCAUGGUCUUAUGCACGACAGCAUGCUCUCGGCUCGCCUUAUGUUGCCAAAUACGACCGUGGUCGAGGUGUCGGAAAGCUCAAAUCCGGAAUUGUUCUGGGGGCUUAGGGGCGCCGGGUUCAAUUUCGGCUUCGUCCUUAAUGCGACAUACCGUGUCUACGACGCCCCCGCCGGGGGGACCAACUUCAAUGCUGACUUUGAGUUUCCCAUGAGCAGCAUAAGGGCCUUUUACCAAGCACUACACGAUCGGAUCGAAAGCGUGAUGCCCGCUCCCUUGUGCCUGGCUACCGGACUAGGGUUCAACCGCACUCUUAAUGCCACAACCUUAAAAGUGAAUGCUGUUUAUGCCGGGUCGGAGGACGAGGGGCGGCGAGAUGUUGAAUUUCUCACGGAUAUCGGCACUGAUCUUCGCCGAAACUUCACGCAGGUCCCAUGGAAUCGUCUGAACCGGAACGUCUACUUCUCAGGCAAUAACCCCGCUGCGGACCUUUGCAGCCCGGGUGGCGUACGGGGAGAUACGUACGGCGUAGCUCUCAACACCAUCGACGUGGACGCGCACGUUCGUGCGGCGGAGCAGUUUGACUACAUGGUGACUAAAUAUCCCGAGAUGAGCCACAGCGGAGGCGGAGGAUACUUUUGCGCCAACCAGGCGGUUGUUGCCCGGGCGCAGGACUACACUGCGUACCCGUGGCGGCAGGCGGUCGGUCAUCAGACCUUUGGGUUUCUGUACGGAGAUAACACCACUACGACCGAAGCCGACAUCGAGGACUUGCCCACCAAGUUGCGCGAUAUUUUAUCCUCUACCGCUGGUACUCCGGAUGGUCUCAAUGCUUAUGUGGGCUUUUCUCACGGCGAUGAGUCCGCCAGAGCCAUUUGGUCUGAUGCCAAUAUUGCUCGCUUGAGGGCGUUGAAGAGGGAGUACGAUCCCAAUGGGUUGUUCAGCUGGUACCACCCGAUCCCACUCGAGUAA